AACUCGCGCGGAGUUUAGAUCUUGUACACAGAGCUGUGGCGGGAGAUUUUGAACAGUGGGAGAUAGAAAUAUCGUUUUUUGGUAUUUAAAAUAGCGUCAAAAUAAAGUAGAAUAGCAGAAAGAGUUUGAACAAGAAACAGCUUUGUUUGGACGACGACGCAAAGAUGGAAGACUUUGGAGUAUAUGCGGUUUUCGGAGUGCACGGUCCGCCUCAAAGGCUGCUGAGUGCUGAAGGUUCGUGCAGGGUGUCUGUCGCAGUUCCCCCGAGUGUCCGCCAGGUGGUGCUGUUCAGCAGUGGGCCGUGGGGGGAGAGGAUCUGCGUCAAUGCGGAGCUCAACGAUGCUGACCGGUUCCCUAUCACUAUCGGAAAACUGACUCCAUAUAACAAGUGCCUGUCAUGGGAGCAGUGGGAAGAGGAGACCUGGACAAACAGCGUCACACUCAAUGUCACUCUGGAGGGAGGAAACCUGGCAAAAGCAGAUUGGUCAGAGCCAGAGCUCCUGUCUGUGAAGGAAUACACACCAAAGGACACCAUGGCUCCCCUCGCAGCCCGGGAGCUCAACAGCAAGAGGAAGAGAGAGCGAGUGUCAGAGGGAGACAGCGAGGAGAGCAGGAUGAAGAUGAGAGGGGAGGAAGAGAACAUGUGUCCAAAUGGCACCGUGGAGAAGACCACGCCUGUGCGAAAGGCCAGAGGUCAAACUAAAGCGGGGCAGAAGCUGUUCAGUAGUGGAGCAGAUGCAACAAAGACGAAGGGAACAGCAACGGGAGCAGGAGAGGCGCAGGGGACUGUGGGAAGAACGCCUCCUCAGAGUGCAGCCAGGACGAAGAGUAGGCAGGCCAAGACUCCCACACAGACUGCUCCAUUGGCCAGCCCGUCAGGCCGCUGGGGUCAGACUGUGUGUCCCAUCGACGCUCAGACAGCUAUUCUGAUUGGAGGACAGGGAGCCAGGAUGCAGUUCUGCAAAGAUCCCAUGUGGAAGCUCUGCACAGAGGACAUGUCCUGGGUUGCAGCAGAGACUCUGGCAGAGGGUCCAACACCCGAGGCCAGGAUCGGCCACACAGCCAUCUACGACCCAGACUCGAGGCGGAUCUUUGUGUUUGGAGGCUCAAAGAACAAAAAGUGGUUCAACGACGUUCACAUCCUCGACACGCAGAGCUGGAAGUGGACCAUGGUGGAGGCACAAGGUAAGGUUCCUCCUCUGGCCUACCACAGCUGCAGCAUGUUUCGGGGGGAGCUGUUUGUGCUGGGAGGAGUGUUUCCCUGUCCAAACCCGGAGCCCGACGGCUGCAGUGACUCACUGUAUAUCUUCGAUCCCCACCUCUCCAUCUGGUACCAGCCCAUUGUAACUGGCGACAAGCCCUCCCCCCGCUCAGGCCACUCUGCGUGUGUGAUGCAGGAGAGGAAGAUCUAUGUGUUUGGUGGAUGGGACACUCCCAUCUGCUACAAUGACAUGUACAUGUUGGACCUCGGUCUGAUGGAGUUUUCUGCUGUGAAAACAUCUGGGAAAGCGCCCUCUCCUCGAAGCUGGCAUGGCAGUGCCGUGCUCUCAGACACAAAGUUCCUGAUCCACGGAGGUUACAACGGAAACAAUGCUCUCAGUGACACCUUCAUCUUUGACAUAGACACCAACAGCUGGACAGAGGUGACGCUCCCUCAGCUCUCCGUCCCCAGGGCAGGGCACUCCAUCAUCACCAUGGAGACAGCCAGUCUCCACCAACGUUUCUCAGGGGAGGAUGAAGACGUGGAUAUGGACGCCGGCUCUGUCAGCAGAACCCUGCUGGUGUUCGGAGGCGGAGACAACGAGGGCAACUUCUACUCCGACCUGACGACUGUCGCUGUGGAGGAACUGCUCGGCGCUAUUUAGAGAGAGUGAGUCAGAGGUGAAUCCUCACUCCCUGACUGGAUGUGAAGCUAUUUUAACACCCCCACAGAUCCUUUAUUAUUUAUAUUCCUAUAGUUUGUCUUUGCUUCUGUUUUUUCGUGUGAGCUCCCUCUUCUUUAUUUUGUGGUUUUUAAAGGUUUUUAAGGUCUAUAAUUUGGGCAUUUCUUCAGAUCUCCAAAGUUUAACUGUCGUUUCCAAGGAGUGCGUAACAGAAAGAUUUUUGGCAAACUCAAGAGAAAAGAGAUUCCUCAUUCUCCUCUUGUGGUUACGAUUAAUGAUCUUGAUUAAAAACAUCAAACAUUUCAGAUUAUUUAGUAAUCAAGGACAGCAGUCAAUUUUUUAUGUACAUAGUUUAAAGGUUUUCAACUUCUUCCUCGGAUAAAAUGUAUAUUUUUAUUUUUGAAUCAUGAGUAUUAUGGGCUUUCAGUAGCCCUGAUACUUCAAUUCAUGUUUCCGUGCUGUUCAUUUGCACUUGGCUUCUAUCUUUACAUAAUAAACAUUUGAUUUUCA